UCUCUCUCUGUCUCUUCUGUUUUCUCUUCCUUUUGCUGAUCAUCUUAGGCUUAAGCCCAUGUUUAUUAGAUUCUGUAAUUAAGGUUUUGUGUCUGAUGAUGUUACCAAUCUCAAAGACCUGAUCAAAACUGUCUUGAGGUUGUAGGAAGUUUCCGGGCGAACAAGCCAACGUCAAUUCUCAAGACAUACCAGAAAUGUGUUUUUUUUUCUCGUCCUUGCCUACUGUCCUGCGCAUUAACGUACUUCAGCUUGUUCAUUUUUUGGGUUUUACUUAGACUUGCAGAGACUGCAAAGAGGAGAAAAAAAUAAUAGUCGCAAACGGAAAACAAAGUGUUAGGGAGAGGCAAUAAUUAGGAGCUGGACCAGUAUGCAGGCUCUGAGAGAGAACUAACAUGGCCUUGUAGGUUGUUCUGCAAGAGUACUAGAUCUCUCAGUGUCGCCGCCAGUCUCUAAUACUCAUCACUGGUUUUUGAGUACAAAACAAACCACCUGUUCCUUUGAUGGAUGGAUUUUAUGGGCUUGGAUGGGUGAGUAGGAAACAAAACUCCCUUACACUUCUCUAUCCCUCCUUUUUUAACCUCUUCUCCUUUCAUCUUUCUUUGCUUUUUACAGUGUUUAAGAUUCAAGUUUAUUUGCCUUCCUUAAUCUAUGCUAAAACAACCUUUCUUGCAUUGGUUUUGGUCCUAACAUCAUGCUAGAGAAUUCUUACAUCAGAAACAGACCAGUUGUCAAUUUAAUUCAUCAAGUUAAGUUCUUUGUUAAACUUUAGCACCAGCUGAGGGCCCCAUAAUAUAGUCCCAUUUCCUGUUUAAGCUUCCAUAUCUAUUUUAUCACUUUUUAUGGUUUUCUAUGUAUGUAUCGAUACAUAUAUAUAUAUAUAUAUAUAAUAUAAUCUCUUUUUUGGUCCCUCGAAAUUUUCUUUUGUCUGCACACCGCUCAAGCACUUGCUUACGACUUCAGGAACAGUAUAUGGGAAAUUAGUGAGAUGACUUGAUGGGUUUAGCACUAAAACGUCAAAGUCAGAAUAAGAGAGUAGGGAAUAAUUUUGUUUGAUUAAGUGAGUAGAUGGUGGUGAAUUAGGGUUCUAAAGGUUACAGGGAGAGUUUUUUUCUCCUAGUUUAAGAAAAAAUCAGCAAGACCAUGAUGAUGAUGAUGGUGGUGGUGGUGGGUUUGAAAAAAACAUAUGACUAGUAUAUUUAGUCUAAUAAAGGGUGGCUGAGAUCAAGACUUAGAUCAAGGUUUUACAUUAGAAAAAUCAGAGUUAAUGGAACUGAGAGGCCAAGAUAAGGAAAUGGGGAUCCCAAGCUCUUUUAGUUAUAAUAAUCAACUCAACAGGGAUUCUUCCUCAAAAAUCUUUUCUUCUUCUGUACCUAUAAAUUCAGCUGUAGGAGAACGAAGAAGAGAUCAAACUGUUCAUGGUGACACAACAAUCCUCAAUCCAAACCCACCUCAAACCCUAGAUCACCAAUCUCUUUACCACCCUGAAUUGAAUCCGCACCAUCAAAUACACAAACCCAGAAGAGAUCCAGAUCCAGAGCUAGAUCCAGUUUCGGCUCCAAUAGCUACUACUACCAGUGCAAUAGUAACUGCUACAGCUAACAGAUCAAGCCUAAAAUCACCACAGCAACAACCUCCAACAUCAGAGCCCUCACCAGUAGCUGGUCCGACAUCAACAACUAUCAGCUCUACUCCUUUGAUUAGAUAUAGAGAAUGUUUGAAGAACCACGCAGCCAGCAUGGGCGGCCAUGUUGUGGAUGGCUGUGGAGAAUUCAUGCCGAGCGGUGAAGAAGACACCCCGGAAGCUUUGAAAUGUGCAGCCUGUGAAUGUCACAGGAAUUUUCAUAGAAAAGAAAUUAAUGGGGAAUCACAAUAUACACUAAGCUGUUAUUAUACCUUUAAUCCCAACAAAAACAAUACAAGAAGAGAUACUGCUACUGUACAUCCUCCUCCUUCGCAGCUUCAUCCUCAACAACCAACCCCUCUUCAUCAACAGAGAUUUUCCCUUGGAUUGUCUACUAGUACUCCUACUAGGCCAAUUGCGCCUCUAAUGAUAAACUUUGGUGGUGGCAGUAGUGGCGGUCCAGCGGAGUCCUCAAGUGAAGAUUUGAAUAUGUUUCAUUCUAAUGCAGGAGGGCAAUCAUCACAUCCACAGUCAUCAAGGAAGAGAUUCAGAACAAAGUUCAGUAAAGAGCAAAAAGAUAAGAUGAUGGAAUUUGCUGAGAAAUUGGGGUGGAGAAUCCAGAAGCAAGAUGAGCAAGACGUGCAGCAGUUUUGUGCUCAAGUGGGAGUAAAGAGACAGGUUUUAAAAGUUUGGAUGCACAACAAUAAACAGGCCAUGAAGAAAAAGCAAAUGUAAGAAAGAUUUUUCUUCAAAACACUUGAAAAGUAGCAAGUCCUUAGAGAAUGGAUAGAUUUAGAGAAUAAUUUAUAGAUUAAAAAUGUGCAUAACCGAAUAGAGAGAAAGGAGAAAAUAGUUGAGAACUCUUUGUUAUAUUUACUGAUUUUUCCUUAUUUGUCAGAAAUAUUUGUUUAACAUCAUUAAAUCUGUAAUCUUCUUCUUGAUUCUUCUAGUA